AUGAAUUCUGUCCUUUCCUUCAUCUACUUUCUCUUCUUCCCCUUCUUUCCUCUUCUUCCCCUUCUUUCCUCUUCUUCCCCUUCUUUCCUCUUCUUCCCCUUCUUUCCUCUUCUUCCUCAACCCCCCUCUCGCCACAUUGUCAGCACUACAGUGGUUGCUGACUGGAGCCACUCCAACCUCUUUUCUGACACGUCAGCGGACUGCGAUUUCAGCGAUGACGAGGAUUACAGUGAUGCUGACAAGGACGGGCACAGCGCGUUUGGCGGCAAAUCACGCGCCACCAAGUCGGCGUCACGCCAGGACGGGUCGAAGAAGUCUGCGUGGUCGAACGCGCUCUCAUCUAGGUGUGCUGACGUGGCAUGGGGUGGGGCAUGGGGUGUGGCAUUGGGUGGGAAAUGGGGUGUGGCAUGGGCGGCAUGGGGUGGGACAUGGAGUGAUGACGGAGAGGGGAAUUUGGACUAUGGGGUUAUGGAGGAUGAUGACGUGGCGAUGGGUGAUGCCAGCCUGGCAUCUGGUGGUGGCGGUCUUACUGGUGCUGGUGGUGGUCGUCGUGGUUCGAAGCGGCAUCGUGAUGGGGGUGCAGAGGGGGAAGGGGAGGAUUCGGGAGAGGGGAAUUCGGACUAUGGGGAUAUGGAGGAUGAUGACGUGGCGAUGAGUGAUGCCAAUAUGGCAUCUGCGAGGGCUGCUGAGCUGGCGUUUGGCCGGCGGAUCCACAGCGGAGGAGGGGCAACAGGAGGAGGAGGUGAAGGAGGAGAAAGAGGGGUUGCUGGUGCUGGUGGUGGUGGUGGCAGGAAAAAGGCUAAGGUUGAUUCAGGCCAGGCCAUUCCUUCUGGUAAGGAUAAACGUGGCGGGAAGAAGCAGACUGGUAGUGGUAGCGGGUGGUCUUAUACAGGGGAUGGACAUGCCGCAGGCAGCGGGCGGCGUGCGGGAGGCGAUGUGAAGAAGGAAGGGAAGCUGGAGCCUCACGCAUACUGGCCGUUGGAUGCAAAGAUGCUCAAUCGGAGGGCUGGGAAGCUGGCAGCGGCACGGAGGGGAAUGACCAGUGUGAUGGGGGCGGGGGGGAAGAAGGGGGGAGGGGGAGCGGCAGGGCCCUCGCUAUCAGACAUUUUUGUCUGUUUUUCUGAGAAAUCAGACAGAUUUUUUUUCACUCAUCUGAUUUUCAAGAAAUGGGUUUAUUAUGCCGCCUGA